AUGGAACAACCACCUCCCCCACCCGUUCCCGGGCGACUCACCCUGAAAACCACAAGCUCAGCCCUUGGCGCGACAAGUCCUCCACCUGGUCUCGCCGGAUCCAGCGCAAUGUCUCCCGGUGCUCAAACGCCAUCAGGCGCGCCAAAGAUCAAAUUGGUGCGAAAAUCGCUUCCACCCACCCCCGCCGAGCCGAAUCCUCCCUCUGGCUAUUUCCCAGCAGCGAGUUCGACAGCAGAGGUCGCCGUCGCUCCGCCCGCCCCAAAAGUCACAACUACCAAGGCUGGGAGAAGACCAAAGCCCACACUCAAGAAGAGGGCUCAUCAGAGUGAUGACGAUGAGGACAUACCAUUAGCCAAUGGAUCCGGACCACUAGCCAAGAAGACGAAGAUUACGCUCAAACCAACAACUCCCGGCGGCACCAUCUCGACUAAACCAACGCUCAAAUUGAAGCCAGUAGGCAAGAUUCCUCACCGGCCUCUCGGCGAAGGCUACGACUCGGAGGCGGAAGAUCGCGAGAUUGAUCCGGUUAUCGAGGAACAAUUUGUCAUGCGCUUUAUGGACAACGAAGACUGCGAUUAUAUACGACAGUGCAUCACAGAAAAGAAAAUCGGCAAUGGUGCCGAGGUCAACUUUAAGUUUCUGGACGACGAAGGUCGACGUGCUGUGUGGAUUGUUCGCGGGAAGUACUAUGCGGCGAUUCUCCUCGAUCUCCCUACCAUCACUGAGGGUAUGAAGACGUGGGAUAAAAAGGCCAUGGUCAAGUCCGCGGAUAUUUGUCAGAUGAUGUUGGUCUUUGCUGAAGUCAAGAACGAGGAGGAGGCCAAGACUGCGCCGCUGCCAAAGGCUGUUGAGCACGGUCAUCGCUGGCCACACGGUAUAACGCCCCCAAUGCACGAUGCCAGAAAUCGUCGUUUCCGCAAGCGAUUGUCGAAGCUCGAGAUCCAGAACAAGGAGGCCGAGGUGGAAAGGUUAUUGGCGGCUGAUCGGGAGGCUGUCAGCACCAGGACGGAGGUUCUAGACAGUAGAAUUGUCGAGGAGUCGGAGUCUGAAGAUUAUGAGGAGGAUGCUGAGGGUGAAGAGGAUGAUGAGCAACUCGAUAAGGUCGAGGAGGAGCUUGACGAGGCUGCGCUGAUGGAUGCUUUCAUGAAUGCGCCAGAGACGCCGAUGGAGGGUCUUGAUCAGCCUACGCCGGCUGUUGCUCCUGAUGCUGUUACGCCACUUACCGCGAAUACUGGUACUCCUGUUGCCCAGAUUGAGGAGGAGGAAGUUGUGGAGGAGGAAGAGUCAGAAGAUGAAGAGGAGUCAGAAGAGGAUGGGGAUGAUGAUGAUGACGAUGGAGAUGAAGACGACCAUGACGACAAGGCCAGUGUGCGGGCGGAGAUUGCUAAUCUCAAGAAACAGCUCAAGCAAUAUGAGGAGAACCUUGCCAAGUCGGUCGGUGCGAUUAUUCGGAAGCGUAUUGAGGCUUCGAUCAGGAGUGUCAAGUCGGAGAUUGACCUCAAGAUGUCUUCUAUCGGUGAGGUUGAGGAUUAUUGA